AAUAAGAAAAAAGAAAGCAAGCAAGAAGAAGAUGGGUCUUCCAUGUUCCUAUUUGGCUCUUUUGUUUCAAAUUCUACUUUUGACGAGUGGCCUUGGGAUAUAUGCUGUGAAGGAUUUGAGAGAAAAACAAGGGGAUGAUGCUUACUACCACGACACUAGAAAUGCUGUGAAAGAUUUUCCUCAACUUAUUAAGAACCUCGAGGAUAAAUAUUCUAGUAUUUCUUCCAUAGAGAAAAAUCCCGAGUUGUCUUCUCAACUCACUAAGGAGCUUGAGGAUAUAUAUUCAAGUAUUUCUGGUUGGAAACCUUCCCUUGAGAAAAAUCAUGAUUUAUCUUCUCCGCUUACUAAAAAAAUUGAAGAUAAAUAUUAUAGUAUUUCUUCCGUAGAGAAAAAUCCCGAGUUGUCUUCUCAACUCACUAAGGAGCUUGAGGAUAUAUACUCUACCAUUUCUGGUUGGAAGCCUUCCCUUGAGAAAAAUCAUGACUCGUCUUCUCAGCUUACUAAAAAAAAUUGAAGAUAAAUAUAGUAUUUCUCGUUGGAGAUCUUUUGUUGAGAAAAGUUCCCGGUCGUCUUCUUAGUUAGCUAAGAAAUUUAAUAAUAAAAAUUCCAAGUAUUGAUGGUUGGAAAUCUUCUUUCGGAAAAAAGAAUCGAAUUGUCUUUCCAACUUACUUUAAAGCUCAAUAAUAGAUAUUCUAAGUUUGUUGUA